AUGCGCAGCCUCCUGAUGAUGUCGCAUUACCGUGGAUCGCUGUUCACAACUUUAGAUCAAGCUAUGGACGCAAUGGAACACCAUGGCUGGACUAUGGUAGUCAAUAACGAUAGCUACUCGCCAUUUUCCUUCUGUCAUCCAUUGCAGUGCAAUAGAUUACGAAAUCUCGAGAAAAGGUAUGCGUUAGUUCUAGGAAGAAAAUCUUUUAAGCUUACAACAAAUCAUCGUAUAAGUUCGUAUAACAUCCACGACCCCCACGAUUCAUAACG